GGCAGAAAAAAGCGUUCAGGGUGGACCGUAAAGGAUGAGUUGGAGCUGCUGGAAAAAUGGGAGGCACGUUCCCACGACCUCCGGCGUGAAAAGCGAAAUGCUCAUAUAUACAAUGAGAUUUCGCAGGAAAUGGCACAAAAAUAUACCGCCGAGGAAAUUCACUGCAAAGUAAAAAACAUGACCAAGAAAUACAGAGAGGAGAAAACCAAAAUUGGCCCUUCUGGUGGUAGUCCCUCGCCUUGGAGGCAUUAUAAUGCUGUGAAUCGCAUAAAAGGGUGUACUGCCGUUAAUUCGGCUUUGUACAUAGAGACCUACUCGUAUUCCGAGAAUUCAACAUUAACACAAUUGUUGCCGCCGUUCGACCCACCAUUAUCACCUCCGUCACCAUCGCCAUCAUGUCCGCUGCCACCUUCGUUGCCGUCACCACCACCAUCAUGUCCGCUGCCACCUUCGUUGCCGUCACCACCACCAUCAUGUCCGCUGCCACCUUCUUUGCCGUCACCAUCACCUUCAUGUCCGCUGCCGUCACCAUCACCUUCAUCUGCAACAAGAAAAAGCAAUUUUAGCGCCGAGUUCUUAAAGGUUUUAAAAAAAAACAAACUGAGAUAUUAGAAAGGGUUGCGGAUGAAACAAAGCACGUUUCAGAGGAAAUACCUCAGACUGUUCGACAACACAAUAAUUUGUCCGAAAGAUUUUUAACCCUUAUGGAGAACAUCGCAGAAAAACUUUAA